AUGAUUUGUCUGAGUCUCUUCAGAAGCCAGGGGGGCCUUGCCCUUUGUUUGCUGCUGCUGUCUAGCGCAGCAGCAGCAGCUGCGGGGGCCUCAGCAGCAGCAGCAGCAGCAGCAGCCGGCAGCAGCAGCGCAGCAGACCUUCUGGAGCCCCUGGUCACCGAGGAGGCUGCCGUUGCUGCAGCCUCCCCCGACCCCACUCCGGCAGCAGCAGCAAUACCCUCGCCCACCACAGCAGCAGCAGCAGCAGCAGCAGCAGCAGCAGCAGCAGCAGACGCCCCGAUCCCGCUGGAGGCCCCCGCGGCGUCUGCUGCAGAGGCGUCGGAGGGCGCUGCGGCUCCCGCUGCAGCUGCGUCCCGCGCCGCAGCCGCAGCCGCAGCAGCAGCAGCAGCAGCAGCAGCAGCAGAAGCGGCGCCGCUGCUGCUGCAGCAGCAACUGGAAGCAGACGCUGCUGCUUCCGAAGCCUCCGAAGACGAAGACUCUUUGGAAGAAAGUCUGGAAGGAGAUGAAGUGACUUUGCUGCUGCCGAACGGGCAGCCUGUGGGGCGGCUGCUGCUGCCGCAGCUGGACCGGCAGCGGCGGCUGCUGCGGGGCCUCAAAAGCCUCUUUUUCGGUUUGCUGCUGUUUCUUUAUUUGCUGCCAGCAAAAGGGGGGGGCCCCCUGACUCUGGCGCAGCAGUCUGCUGUUACUCUCGCGCUGCUGGGUUUGCUGCAGCUGCUGCAGUCCCUCUUCAGUCCCCAGGGCCGCUUCCGCGUCUCCAUAGACCUCGCCCCGCAGCAGCAGCAGCAGCAGCAGCAGCAGCAGCAGCAGCAGCAGCAGCAGCGGCUGCGCGCCGUGGUCGACUACGGCGGCAUCCGCGGCGCCCGCCGCGCGCUGCUGCAGCAACUCCGGGGGGCCCUCAGGGGCCUCCUUGCUGCUGCUCCCAUCUUCUUUAUUGUUUCUGGACUUUUUGCAACUUUGGGAUUUACUUUUGCUGCUGCUCUUUUUCUUGCUGCUGUUCUCUUCACCUUGGGGGGCCUCCUCUCCCUCGUCGGCGGCGCGGGGGGCCCCCUCGCCGAGCUCCUCCGCAGCUUCUAA